CAUUUUGUUUUCCAUAAACGGUACUGGAUUUGACUGCGUUAGCCACUUUGACCAUUCGGCAAAGAAAAUAACAAGAGGAUGACUUAUAAUCGCGUUUGGUUUUACGUCUUUUUGCUUGGAUCACUGAUCGUGAGCUUACAUACUGUAGCCUCACUGGCGGAUAGCAGGAAUCAGGCCGAGUUGACCAAAUUGUACAAUUCAAAUGUGGUAAAAGCGGAAUACGUUAAAAGACCUAUGACUAGUAGCGACGGUAGGAAGCGUAUACCACUCAUUCCUCAUGCUGGGGUUCGCCUUACAUUAGACAAUGGUGACAAGUACCUUCUUCAUAAAGGUCCAGACUAUGGAAAGAGUUCGGAUACAGUUAUAACACCAGCAUCCAACAUGAAACAAAGCACCUGGACUGCAAAGAAAAGUGCUCCUGUUCAAGGGAAGAUUGUCAACGAUUUUAUGAAAAAUGCUUUGCCAGACAAGAAGUGGAAUGCUUGGAACGGAAACCAUUGUAUAAAUGCGGCGAAAAGGGCUUUCUCCCAAACAAGAAAAUAAAAACAGACAUUUUAACUUCUUGCACAAUAAGUGCGUGUUUGAAUUAAAAAAAAACUUUAAAAGAGAAGUCAAAUAUGAAAAUCGGACUAUAAAUUAAAAGGACUUGUAACAUUUUUAUCAAUACUGUACAUUGCGGCUAGCUUUAUGAUAAUCAUAUAUCUAUAACUUCUGAUCGAUUAAAACACAAUUUAUGUUUUAGAAAACUCUAUCUGAUAGUAUUUCUUAAUAAAAUAUCAGUAAGUAGCUUGAUAAUAUCUUUAUUUCUUAUAUCUACAUUUAUUAUAAUUUCAACUUACAAUUCUAAGUUACAAUAAGAAAUCUUGACAUCAAUUAAAUUGUUUAUUUAUCUUUUUUUUCGUUGCUUCUAUAUAACACGCAGUGUCUAUAUCUCAUGCAAAUUAUUAAACAUUAUGAAAAAGAGAUGUACAUAAUGUUUUUGCAUUGAAAACAAAAUUCAAAUUUUAGCUCGCCUGACCUGAGGCUCAGCAUAAGCUGGUCCUACGUCCAUUGUCGUCAUCCACAACAAUAAAUGUCACAGUUUGUCAAAUCUUUAUGAAACUUGAUCCGAAUGUUUUCCUUAUAUAGAACGAGAUCGGUACUUGGUUAUCAGGAUAAUAAAUAUGUCACUAAAAGGAAUGUUAACACUCCACUUUGAGGCCCUAUUUUUCAUGUCAGAAUGUGUGUCUGUAUGAAAUACAUUGUAUUAAGUUCAAAAAGGGUCAUCCAGCAUCACAAACUAGAACAAAGAGGUCAAUUCCCUGAUCUACACAUAACACCUAAUUGGGAAAUUUGUCUUUAUGCGAUAUAAUCUAAGGUUGAUCCGAAAAGGGCAAGUUAAUAGUUCUAGCUUUUAUUUUGUAAAAAUUUAUUCCCAUUUUUAACUUACGUUUUUAUUAGUUUUGCACGUAAGAAGGUUUCUCAAAAAAAACAAAACUCAUGUCUUUCGCAUCUUGAGGUGACAUCACGGGGCAAGUUAUGUAACUAAAGCUUUUAUUUUGAUAGAAUUAUGCCCCUUUUUAAUAUAUAAAGCAUUUUCUAAAAAAAAAAGACGACCAGAUGUUUUCAAAUUCUACACACAUCUUUGGCAUCAGGAGAUGAUUUCACUUUGCACUUUUCAUAACUCUGACUAAUAUGUCGUUAAAAUUGUGCCCCCUUUUCACUCCUAAAUGUUGAAAGUUUUGCAUUUUAAGCUGGAUUUCGGGAACUGAUGUACUGAAUUCUUUCAAAAACUUCGUAAGUCUUCGGCAUCGUAAAAUGGUCAUUCUGAGCCAGGUCCCAUAUGAGUAUUACCUACUUACAUUUUAAGAAAUUCAAAACUUCUAUCUUUUGAGAACAGGUGCAAAUACCAUAUUUCAUUAUUAGUGUACAAAAGUAAAACAGGAGAUUGUCCUAUAUACAUUUCAGAUUUACUACAUUUUGUUCAUAAUGAUCAUUACAGUCUGCGCUCAACCGAAAACAUGGAUCUUUCUAUUGUUAAACCUAAAACGAACUACCUGAAACAAACAUUUAGCUACAAAGCUGCACACAUAUGGAAUUCACUUCCUUCUUACAUUAAACUUCAUAAUAACAAUAUAACUACUUUCAAGCAUGAUUUAAAGAAUUUUCUCUUGUUACAAUAGUUUUUAGCAAUUAAUUACUUGUAAUUACAAGAAUUUUGUUGAAUUGAUGUUACUGAAUUCGUUUCCAAUAAUAAUAAUAUUCAUAUUAUCUUAUUAUUCAAAUCUGGAACUAUUUAUUAUUUUAUGGGACAGACUUCCUUUUUUGUACAUCUUAAUUGUCAUGUAUAAUCUUUGUGACGCAUGGUAAUUUUUUUUAAAACAUAGUUAUUGUUACAUUACGUUUAUUUAAGACUUCUUUAAUUUGAGAUGUGUUUGUCGAGAAAAUUUAAGUAAUUCUGAUAUGUGUAUUCUUGUAUAAAUGUUUAAUUAUAAAUUGACUGUAUGAUUGUGUGUAUGUGUGAAUGUAUAUUAGUUGAAGGCCAUACUGGAAAUAAGUUGUAUAAUAUCUGUAUUUGUACACUUAGUAUGUAACCUUCAGAAAAUAAAAUUAUUAUUAUUAUUA